AAGAGACUUGAAAGAUCAGGAUAGGGGGAGAGAGGAUCAAUGAAUUGGUCUGUUGGCGGUCCGAUUGGGGGGAAGAUUUUGUCAGGUUUCCGGCGAAGAAUCGAUGGAGCAACAGUGGUUGCUACUAGGAGAGUCAAGGAGGAUGGCGAUAGCUGUGGUGUAAGACGCCGUCGUGCUGCACUUAGAUUGGUGGAUAGGCAGCUAGAGAAAAGCAACUUCAAAUUGGCCCUUUCUUUAGUCAAACAGUUGCAGCGUCAACCACCUCCAGCUGGUCUCCGUGGUUUUGCAGGUGCCAGACAGGUUCCCCGUAGAGUCUUGUCGGUACAGGAGUUACAUCUCAGUGUGACAGAAACAUCAGCUCUUCAAUCAUUAUUUGAUUCCAUUCUUGAUUUAAUCAUGAGUAGCCUUGAAUCAUCGCCAUUGGAGGAGGGGCGUUCCGUAACUAGUGAAGGCGAUGAUUCAUACCUUGAAGAUGAUAUAAUUGAACACAAACAAGUGGUGCAGCACGAAGCAGGUCACUUUUUAGUUGGCUACUUGCUUGGUGUUUUACCAAAAAAGUACAGCCUUUUCAGCAUGGAAGAUAUGAAGCAGGACAAUAUUGUUGAUGCAAGUGUAAAGUUUAUCGGCUUUGAAUUUUUGACAAAGUUAGAAGAUGGAGUACUAUCAAAAAACUUGCAAGUAAAGCCAGGUCAUCAGGCCAAUAAGUGCAAGUUGUCUUCCACGGUCUUAAGCAAGUUGUUAUGUGUGAUUGUUGGAGGGUUAGUGGCAGAGCAUCUGGUGUUUGGAUACUCGAAAGGACAUCAUGCUGAUGUGGAAAUGUUGAAGAGAGUGCUUAAGCAAUCCACAGAAGAUGAAGCAAACACACUGAUCAGAUGGUGUGUGCUGAACACACUUGUGAUAUUACAUCAUCAUGGUGAAGCUAGAUCGAUGUUAGCGGAGGCCAUGGCACAUGGAAGAUCGAUCGGGAAUUGCAUCGACAUAAUAGAGAAUACUCUAAAAGAUCAACACAUCUGAGCAACUCAAAUCUGUAAUCAUGUGGUUGGUUUGUAACAAGAUUAUUUUAUAUGUUGAAUCAUAAGGUUGGCAUCAAAGACCAAGUUAUAUUGAGGAAAUAUUUAUUGAGCUA